CAAUCAAUAAGGCAAGGAAUCUCUCUUUAAUCCUUCCCUCCACCCACCUUCCAUAACAAUUAUUAGGACACGAAGCAAGCACCAUUCCUUAACCCCAUCAAGCGUCUCCACCGAUCAUCGAACCGAAUUGGUUCCCGUCCCAUUCGAUCAUCCUAAAGCUGCAAAAGAGCUUGCGGCAGGUUGAGCCUCCUGCAUGGACGGACCGAAGUCGAAGGUGGAUGUCAUUAAGCCGGUGAUCCUGAAGGCCGGGAUUCCGCUGGUGAUAGCAGUGGGCAGUUUUAUAUGGGCAAAGACCAUCGCGGCGAGAAGAAACUCGAGUGAUCAGAGCAUUUGCGUGGUAGAUGCGGAUUCUUGUAAUGAAGAAGGAACGAGUUCAGAAAUCGGGGACAAACUCGGGUUUCAGGAAGAGGUGCUGGGACUCGGGAGACUGGUGGAGGGCCUUCAGGAGAGGGAGCGGAAGCUCGAGAUGCAGUUCCUACGGUACUGCGAGCUGAGAGACAGAGAGGCUUUGCUGCAGGAGAUGGGGAACACGCUGGAAUUGGAGUUGGGGCGCACCGAGGCACUCAGUCGGGAAGUUUCGUCCAUCGAAGCUGAGCAUAAGAGGGCUGCGGAGAUUGCCCUGCAGUAUGUCAAGGUUCUGCAGGAGAUGCAGUGCUUGAAGUCGGAAAAUAAGGUGACGCAGAGGAAGGUAAAGAGGCUUUUGAGGAAAGUGAAGCAGCAGUCGGAUUUGGUGAGGGACGGUAACCGGAGGAUUGAGGCUCAGGAGAAAGAUACGUCGAGAACUCGACUGGAGUUGGAGGGUGAGAGAGAUGCCAUUCAGAAGCUGGAGGGUGAGAUCAGAGAGCUGAGGCAAGUGUUGGAGAAGCUGCGGCAAGAGAAAGACGAGAUGGGCAUCAAACUGAAUUCCGUCGAAGAAUCGGUUCUAAAGACAAAACGGGAAGGUGCAUCAAGGGAGGACUUCAGGCAGCUGCUGAAGGAAAUGGAACAGCUGCAGAAGGGGCAAACCGCAGAGGAGAAGGAACUCAUUUACCUCAGAUGGAGCAAUGCAUGCUUGAGGCACGAAAUAACGGGGAACCAUGUAAAUCACCCGGACGAUCACGAGAAUCAGGACCUUCUGACAGCGAAGACCGACUCCACGGAUCUGGAAGCCGCAGAAGAAGGAACGAGGGACGGAGUUUACCACUCUGACCAUGAAGGGUCUUCUUUGGGGACCAGGACCUGCAAUAUCCACUUUUCAAAGAGGAAGAAGCUGCUGCAGAAGCUGAGGAAAUGGAUCGAGGGAAAUGGGAAUGAUCACAGCCGGGUGAAAGUUGGACCCCGCGAGGCUGAGGAGCAUCGUAUCGUUCAUGCAAGAGAAUCGUGCUCUAGCGCAUAAACUAACCUCAACUUGAACUUAAUAAAAAAACAGACAGCACAUCGUGACAAUAAUCAGCAUUGUGUAAAUAACAUCAAUAUUAUCAUUA